AUGGGGCGAUUCAUCUGUCUGAGCUUCGGCCUGCUGGUCGUGGGCGUCUCCCUAAGAGGAGCCAAAGGCAGCUGGUGUCCCUCCGAUUGGCUCGCCAGGGAAGGGUUUUGCUACAAGCUGUUCAAUAUAUUCAAGAAUUGGAAAUAUUCAGAGGUCAGAAGUGCUUGUGUGUGCCUGCGGGUCUCCUAG